CCGCCGACCUCUCGCCGGCGACUUCUCUCUUUAGCUCCUAAGAACCUCUCCACUUCCUUACUGGAGUAGAGACAUCUCUCUCACUGACUUUGACUUUCUAUUCCCUCCAAAAAUGUCUACUAGGUCCAACAGAUCCUCAAUCUCGCCGUUCCGCUCACGCAAGUCUCCUGCUGCUCAGCCACCGGCGGCUAAAACCACUGCUCGUCCUGUCACUCCUUCCUCUACGGCUUCGUCUAGGCAUCCUUCAAGGCUCUCGGUUUCUCCGGCAACCUCGUCUAGCACCAUCCCGAGUCCAGUCCCCACUCCGCCCGCUCCCCCUCUUGACCGCGCGGAGACUUCCAAGCCUAAGGAGAAUGUCACCGUCACCGUCCGCUUCCGCCCCCUCAGUCCCAGAGAGAUUAAUAAAGGGGACGAGAUAGCAUGGUAUGCUGAUGGAGAAUAUACAGUGAGGAACGAGUACAAUCCUUCUAUUGCUUAUGGUUUUGACAGGGUAUUUGGUCCAGCAACAACAACACGUCAUGUUUAUGAUGUUGCUGCCCAGCAUGUUGUAGGUGGUGCCAUGCAAGGGAUAAACGGUACAGUUUUUGCAUAUGGUGUUACUAGUAGUGGGAAGACUCACACAAUGCAUGGGGAGCAAAAGUCGCCUGGAAUUAUUCCAUUAGCAGUGAAGGAUGUCUUUGGAAUUAUACAAGAGACUCCUGGACGAGAGUUCCUACUUCGCGUUUCAUAUCUUGAAAUCUAUAAUGAGGUCAUAAAUGACUUGCUUGAUCCAACGGGGCAGAACCUAAGAAUAAGAGAGGAUGCCCAGGGAACUUAUGUUGAGGGAAUUAAGGAGGAAGUUGUCUUAUCCCCAGCCCAUGCUCUUUCCUUGAUUGCAUCAGGAGAAGAGCAUAGGCAUGUUGGUUCUAAUAAUUUCAAUCUUCUCAGCAGCAGGAGUCAUACAAUAUUUACCCUGACAAUUGAAAGCAGUCCACGUGGGGAGAAGCAUGGGGAAGAAGAUGUGACUUUGUCACAACUGAACUUAAUUGAUCUUGCAGGAUCAGAGAGCUCCAAAACUGAAACAACUGGACUACGGAGAAAAGAGGGUUCAUACAUUAAUAAAAGCUUACUGACUCUUGGCACUGUAAUUUCUAAGUUGACAGAUGGAAAGGCGACUCAUAUUCCAUACCGAGAUUCAAAACUGACCCGUUUGUUGCAGUCAUCCCUUAGUGGCCAUGGGCGGAUCUCUCUUAUUUGCACUGUUACACCUGCUUCCAGCAGUAGUGAGGAGACACACAACACAUUAAAGUUUGCCCACCGAAGCAAGCAUGUAGAAAUCAAGGCUUCUCAGAAUAAGAUUAUGGAUGAGAAGUCACUUAUCAAAAAGUAUCAGAAGGAAAUUUCCUGUUUAAAGCAAGAGCUUGAUCAAUUAAAACGUGGGAUGACGGGAAAUCCUUUUAUGGCUGCAUCCACUCAAGAAGAUCUGGUUAAUCUGAAGCUUCAGUUGGAAGCUGGUCAUGUCAAACUACAGUCACGAUUGGAAGAAGAGGAACAAGCCAAAGCAGCUUUGAUGGGAAGAAUUCAGCGAUUGACUAAACUAAUAUUGGUUUCCACUAAGAAUUCCAUGCAAUCAAGCAUUACUGGAAGGUCUGGACAUAGGCGAAGGCAUUCUUUUGGGGAAGAUGAGCUAGCAUAUUUGCCUGAUAGAAAACGAGAAUACUUGAUUGAUGAUGAUGCUGGCAGCUGUGCUUCGGAGAUCUCAUUAGAUGGAAGGGAUGAGGUUACAAGCAUGGAUGAGUUGGUUAAAGAUUACAAAAGGAAUAAGAAGCGUGGAAUGCUUGGCUGGUUUAAGCUGAAAAAGCCAGAGAAUCUGGUUGGAUUGUCACCAAGUGUCGAUAGUGGCAGCUCAGCGAGUGGUUCUCCUGCAUCUUGUUCAAAAUCAUCACAAGAUAGAGUCAUGCCUAGUGAUGUGAAGGAUAAACAAAGAAAAUCAAUUAGUAGAAGAGGAGAUGAUCCUGUUGUCAUCAACUCUUUUUCAGAAAGAACUCCAGCUGGUGACUUGUUUAGUGCAACUGUUACAGGUUGUCAUUUACCUCCGAGUGGGACCACUGUUACGGAUCAAAUGGAUCUUCUUCAGGAGCAGAUGAAAGUGCUUGCAGGAGAAGUGGCAUUUUCAAUUAGUUCUCUGAAAAGGCUGUCAGAAAAAACAGCUGGCAGUCCUGAAGAUCCACAGUUACGGGAACAAAUGCAGAAAUUGAAGGAUGAAAUUAAUGAAAAGGGGCAUCAAAUACGUAUUCUAGAGCAACGUAUGAUUGGAUCAGUUGCGAUGACUCCCCAUACAUCAAAUAGCACUGAAAUGUCACAGGCUUUGUCCAAGCUUACAACACAGCUGAAUGAGAAAACAUUUGAACUUGAGAUUAAGUCAGCUGACAAUAGGGUACUUCAAGAGCAAUUACAAAUGAAGAUAACGGAGAAUUCUGAGCUGCAAGAAAGCAUUCUUCUAGUGAGGCAACAACUUGAUUCAUUAUCAAACAAAAGCCCAAGGAGUCCUCAGCAGAAUGGAGAAAAUGAGGUUACCACGGUAAAACCUCGUUUUGAGGAGCUUUCUCAAGGGAAGAACAAAAGGGGGAUUGGUAUUCAGUCAUGUGAAGAAAGUUGUUUUGAUGAGAAUACACCAACAAGCAUCAUGAGCAUGAAUAGAGUAUUUUCCCAAGAAGAUUCUAAGGAGUGUGACAAGAUUAACUGUUUGAAUUCCCAAGUUCUUUUUCAGGCUGCUGAGAUAGAGAACCUAAAGCAAGAGAAGGUGAAAUUGACUGAAGAGAAGGAUGGACUUGAAAUUCAAAGUAAAAAACUUACCGAGGAAGCUUCCUAUGCAAAGGAGUUGGCUGCAGCUGCAGCGGUUGAACUCCGGAACUUGGCUGAAGAAGUUACUAGGCUUUCUUAUGAAAAUGCAAAGCUGACUGGUGAGCUGGCCAUGGCAAAAGAAGCUCACUGCAGAUCCAACUGCUGUCAGAGGUCUGCUGCAUAUGAUUAUAGGCAAAAUAGCACUGGCUGUGCUUGGCCUGAUGGAUGCCCCAGAAAAUCAGAUGAUGAAAUUUUGGUUGAGGAGUUGCAGAAAGAACUUCAUGUGAGAAACCAGAGAGAGGCUGAGCUUGAAGCUGCAUUGUCUGAAAAAGAUCAAAUAGAAGGUGACCUGCGAAGUAAGAUUGAUGAAGCCAAACAUCGUGAAGAAGAUUUGGAGAAUGAACUUGCAAAUAUGUGGUUGCUGGUUUCAAAGAUUAGAAAGUCCGGGAUUAAUGCUGAGGACAUGUCAUCAUCAAAUACAUCACAAACAGUAGUCAGAAAUGGGUCUCUUCAAUCUGGUCAUUUCUCUAAAAUGUCCAAAGCAAAUGAAAGCUUUCAAAAUGUGGAUGGGAUACAUAUGUUUGAAGACUUAAGUGCUUGUUAUAUGGAAGAAAGGAAAAGAUGCAAGGAGCUAGAAAGGCUUAUUUCCAGAUUGAAGGGCGAAAAUAUCUACACUCUGGAUGCAGCUGCUCUCGAAGAACUCCAGAAUUUUCAUGUUGAGGCUAUAACAAAAAUCUCUCGUGCGAAGUGUGCAAAUCAUGUCUUGUAGUUUAACA